UCCCUGCGGCCGCUGCCGCCUGUAACCUGCGCCGCCAGGAUGUGGCUGGGGGCUGACGUCGGGUCCAGAUGUGGCCCCGGCCCCGCCCACCCCCGGGGCCGGUCCGCCCACACCGAGCCGCGGCGCGCACGGAGGCUGUCCCGCCUGCCACAAUGCACGGUGGAACUACGACCGCAACUUGCAGGGGUCGCGCCUAACAUCGCCGCUCGACAUCCAUGAGACAAGCCGGCCCUGACGCCGCACGCGGACCCUCUUCGUCGGAGCCCCCCAUGCGCUUACCCUCCAGUACCCGGCCAGGCGGACGCGGAGCCGCGCGGGUGACGGCAGAAGCGGCUGCGCGCCCAGCCUAGCCCAGCCCAGCCGGAGAAGAGGGCGCGCCGCGCCCCCGCCCCCCGCCGCUCUCCGGAGGCCGUGGGUGCGGAUGCGCCGCUGACGACUCCUGCGAGAGCACCGCGCGUCCGAGCCCACAGCAUGGCAGCCGCCGCCUAUGUGGAUCACUUUGCCGCCGAGUGCCUCGUGUCUAUGUCCAGCCGCGCAGUCGUGCACGAGCCGCGGGAAGGGCCUGAGCCCCGGCCCGAGGGCGCGGCCGCCGCCGCCCCCACACUGCCCCGCGUUGACGAGCGCUGCGACGGCAAGGACAGCGCGUCGCUUUUCGUGGUGGCGCGGAUCCUAGCGGACCUCAACCAGCAGGCACCGGCGCCCGCCCCCGCGGAACGCCGAGAAGGGGCCGCUGCGCGCAAGGCGAGGACCCCCUGCCGCCUGCCGCCCGCGCCCCCUGCGCCACCGCCCGCCCCAGAGCCCGCCUCCCCCGGACAAGCAGGCGCGCCGGCCGCGCCCCCCAGCCCCGCGUGGAGCGAGCCCGAGGCGGCUCUGGAGCCGGAGCCCGGCCCCGCGGGGAGCGGCGAGCCCGGCCUCAGACAAAGGGGUCGGCGGGGCCGGAGUCGCGCGGACCUCGAGUCCCCGCAGAGGAAGCACAAGUGCCACUACGCGGGCUGCGAGAAAGUUUACGGGAAAUCUUCGCACCUCAAGGCGCACCUGAGAACUCACACAGGUGAGAGACCCUUCGCCUGCAGCUGGCAGGAGUGCAACAAGAAGUUCGCACGCUCGGACGAGCUGGCGCGGCACUACCGCACGCACACGGGCGAGAAGAAGUUCAGCUGCCCCAUCUGCGAGAAGCGCUUCAUGCGGAGCGACCACCUGACGAAACACGCGCGUCGCCAUGCCAACUUCCACCCGGGCAUGCUGCAGCGGCGCGGUGGGGGCUCGCGGACGGGCUCGCUCAGCGACUACAGCCGCUCCGAUGCCAGCAGCCCCACCAUCAGCCCGGCCAGCUCGCCCUGAGCGCCCGCCGCGCCCGGACCGCGCCCCGCCCCCUUGAUAAUAGGAAAGCUGAGUGAACUUGAGAAGUCCACAGCAAAACACUUUUCUUCACCUCAGGUGUCAAUUUUUAACAAAAAAAAAAUUUUUUUUCAAAAAAAUAUAUACACGACCCACAAAUUGCACAAUAGAGCUAUCCACGAAGUUGAGAUUCAGCGGUGUCGAAACCCCCCCCUUUCUCAGGGAUGGACGCGGUCCACGAGGUCAGUAAGGGCACGCCUUUCUGCCGCCUUACUCUGUAUAUAGAUUUGCACUCUGGAGUUUUCUGUGAGGUUGGGAAUCACUGGGGCAGAACAGGCCAGCUGGGAGCAGAUGUGGCCACCGACAUUGUGGUUUUGCAGCAGGUCUUGAAAGGCCUGUGCCCCCUUCCUGCUACCACUCAGUGGCACCUCUGCCCCUUGGCCUGGCUUAGAGAACAGGUGGGUCUGAGGGACUGGCCACCUCACAGGGAUGCGGGAAGCCAUGACAGACCGUGGGAGCACUUGCCUGUGGAACCGUGGAGGAGGACAUCUGCCUUCUGAGGUGGUCCUGCCUGCCUACCUGCUUGGCUUUCUGCCUCCAGAAAUCCUCAGAAAAAUGGAGGCCAGAUGCAAACCCCGCCUGGAUUGGCACAGUAUUGCUGCCAACAACCCAGGGAGGCGGCCUGGGCCCUGCCUGCCCUACAGAAGGCACCUGGGACCCUUCACCAUCACACCAUGUUCUCAGACUGGGAAAUAGUGCCCUGGGCAUGUUGUGCUGAAACUGCUUCCCCCAAAAUUGGUGUUGUUUCAUCCAGUUCCCCCAAGCUCCCAUGCCCUGGGCCACUGUGGAGGCGCCUCUGUUUGAAGCAGGACCAUCAAUGAGGCCUCUUCCUCUUCAGUCUGCGUGUGGCCCUGCCUGUGGCAGCACUCACACAUCCCACAGAGACUGCUGGUGGAACUCCUCGGAGCAGAGCAGCAGAUGCUACCGGGAUGAUGCUGGAGGAACAAGGGUUCUGCUUCUCUGGGGGGCGGGGACAUCACCUGACAGUCGUGGGAAUCACCUUCUCAGAACCUCGAGUGCAGACUUAGCAAACACCCAGUUUCACCCGUUGCACUUCCUGCUUUCCCUCCCGUUUCUGCCUGCCCUGCCUCGCAGGACCCAAGCCACACCCAUCUGCAGGGCAGGGACAGGGAGGGGUCUGCCGGGAAAAACAGCUGGAGUAGAAGCCGGGCCAGACCUGUUUCUCCUGGAGCCCAGACCUGGGCUGCUGCGUUGGAUUCAGGUGCUGGGCCUCAUUGGCAAGACCAUGUUCUGGUUGCUCUUCUGCAGGUCCAUGGAGGAUCCAUCUACUCCCAUCCUGCAGAGGCCCAGGCGUUUCUUCCCCUUCACCCGAUAACUGGGGCCUAAGAACAUAAGGUCCCAGGUCUGAUCGGAUAUAUAUGUGUAUGUGUGUGCGUGUGUGUGCGUGUGCGCGCGUAUGUAUUGGUUGGGUGGGUUUGGGAUGGAUUUGGGGUGUCUUACAGAGACCUCUCUUCAUUUUGAUAUGGAGGAUCAGCCCUUGUGACUCCGAGGGCCGCAGAUGGGCUUCCUGGGCCUAGAGUGCCUUGGUUGUGGUCAAUUCUGCCUCCACCCCAGCCAGCCCUUACACAAGUAUAGGGGGCGGGCAGCACAGGGAAAACCCAGAGACCACGCCCAGCCAGGUCUGCAGUUUCUGACUGUUGUCUUGCGGCUACCUUGUAGACCAGGGGCACCGCUUUCUCACGACCUGUGUCAGCUCUGAGAGGCUAAUGGCAUAUGGUGGCUUCUGGUGGCACAGUAGGGUGCCGAGUUGGGCUGUGGCAUUGUUGCAGCCAACAUGGUGUUUGGGGGAUGGUCCCUGUCCUGGUCCAGAGCAAAGCUGGUGGCAGCUCUGCUUGCAUUUCAUCUGGGGAGGAGACUGGAGUCUGUGUGGCUGGGACCUCCACUGAAGGGGAACCCUGGGUGCUUGGGGUGUGGCCAUCUUCGCGCUGAGUUCCAAAGUGUAGCCCCUCCCAAAGUCAUGUGUGUGAGGCGGAGAAAGCCACAGUCUGAACACAUUUCACGUCUCAGGAAUUCACAUUCCAGAUUCAGGAAUUUUAUUCCAAAGUCCUUUGGUGCACCUACAUCUAUGGUUCUGAAGACAGAGACAUGCAGCAGUGUGCCCCAAAGGCCAGCCAGGGCCUCUCCUUGGGAAGAGCCAGCUGCCUCUGUGUGCUCUACCUACAGAGUCACAGAAGGAGGCUUUCUAACUCAGCCACUGUCUGCACUUAGGAAGGGUAAAAAAGGACUCUAAGCCCCAUCAUCUUGGAAUAAAAGAAAGAGCUGGUUUGUUGUAGAGUGGGUUGGGGGGGUGGGGGAGGGAAAGCGGGCGUAGGCUGUUUCCAAAGAGCACUUAAUUUAAUUUUUCCUCUGAAUGACCCAGGGCUGUUCCAUCUGAUGGAUGGAAGGGUAACGUUGCCUUAAAACAGAAAUAUGCAGGCGUUGGCUAUUUUUGGCAAAUGAACGUGUCUUUAUUCCCAAAGUGGUUCUCCUUUAAUGGCAGGGUGUGGUCCUUCAGCAUGGGGCCAAGGCAACCCUCAUGGACCCCCCUAUAUCAUCUGGGGCAUCAGUUCAUCUCAUCAGCGGGUGGGAUGAGGGGAGGAACAUGAUUCGACUCAUUUCCAGUGGGUUCUCAUUUGGUUCCCAUCAUAAACAAGGGAUUCCUUCUAAGGUACAGCAGAGUCUUCCCAGCCUGGGUCUGGUGCGGGGGCUUUGAGUUUUUGCGGUUAUGGCCAUACUUUCUGGUUUCAGUUUGACUGAGAAGCCUAUAGGGUGCCCAGAAAUAAUACUGAAAAGUCAAAUCCUUUUUUUUAGGGACAGGAGGCAGAGAUCCCACAAUGAAAGUGCCUGAGUGAAGGAAGGGAGAGUUCCCUGUAGCAGUGUCUAAAAGGAAUUCUGGACUUCAGCCAUCAGGGGGCUGGAGUUUAGCUCAUGUCCCAAAUGAAAACGUCCCUCUUUGCAUCAGCCAUAUUAGGGGGUCACUGUCCGUUCCCCAAAUGCCUACUGAAUCCUACAGCCAUACAGAAAACAGCCCUUUUUCAAAGAGGGCCCUAGGUUCUCUCUUGAUGGGUGCUACGUAGGGAUGGACAGUGAUGCCCCUGAUGGGAGUGUGGCCCGACUUGUGUCCCGCCAUGCCCCUACCCACAGGACCUGAGGUGCAAAGUCCCCACUCCCAGCCCAUCCCAUCUCAACUUGGUUCUGAGGCCAGCACUGGGGCGGACACGGGGUUCACCAGCGUGCGGCCUCCCCGGGUGCAAAAACACGCACCCUGGUGUCCCUGGUGAAGGGUGUUUAGACGUGGAGAAGAGGGAAGAUGGCAUUCUGGAGCUCCAAGAGAAAUAUGGCAGAACAGACGGGGUUACCUUUAAAGACUUCCUGUCCAGGAGGCUGGCCCUUUUCUAGCCAGAAGCAGGUGCUAGGACAUGCACAAGGUCACAGCAUUUCCUAGAGGCUUCAUCCGGGGUCUCCACCAAGCAGGGGCACCUUCCAUGUAAGACAAAUCUGAGCAAUAGCUUGGCCUCGUUUCUCACUCCUGGUUGUGCCUUUGUUUACAAGGCUAUCUAGUUUGACUUCUGACAGGUGUUACUGAUUGCUGCCCCCUCCCCCAA